GAGAAAAGUUGUGUCUGCUGGCUGUGCUUCUUGUUCACAUGACUGUGCGCUGGUUGCUUCGUUGUUGGUCGUGGCACCAUGACGUGUCACAUGGCUGUGCAAACUCACAACCAAGCCACCAACCCACCAAGCACAACCAAGCCAAGCGCAAGCAGAAGCACACAGAAGCACAGCUCAAGUGACACACAAGUGCACAGUCACACACAGUCACACAAAGAGACUGAGACACACGGGUCGACAAAGCGCACAAGUGGCGCAAGGAGCAUAUUUUCUUUCCGCGCCCUCACCUCCCACCACCGCACACCCCCUGCCAGAAGCGCAGAUAGCAGCCCUUCUUGCGUGUCUGCGUGUCGGACGUUCAAGCACGACAUUUGAACCAAUCUCCUCGUAUCGAUUCUACCAUCUCUUUGAGCUUGCUGCAGCUUAGUCAAUAGUUCGGGGACAAGCAGACAACACGGGCAGAGCCAUGUCUUCAAGCACCUCAACACACAGGCCGAUGGCCUUCGGUGUCGUUGUCGAAGUUCGUGGGCCUCCCAUGCUCCUGUAUGAAGGACAGCUGCAACGCGCCCCCAUCGUUUGUUUUCCGCCCUUCGAUCCCGGCCAGCGUACAAUGACGUGCCACCUGCGAUCUGCUUGGACUGGUGCGAAGCUGGAGUUUUUCGAGCGUCUGCUGGAUGCACAUGAUCAUGCGGCAAAGGUUCGGCUCCGACAGCAGGAAUCCGGAGCACUUGAAAUUGAGGAUUCUGGCAAGUUCAUCAUCUUACCAGCCACCAGCUUCAACAACGCAGUGAUGAAGCUGCACGAGACACUGCAAUCAACCGUGUCAGCAUGCGACGACUUUUUGAGAGCUGCAAUCGAUGUUGACGACACUGGCGACUUUGUUCAAUUCAAGCAGCUGCCAACACCAUCCCAGGUUGCAGAAGUGUACACUCGCCUUCUCAGCUCACAGCGCGCUCGAGAGAUCGCCCAGGACGAGGCACAGCGCAAGCAACUGAGUGAGUUGGUCUUUGCGCUUUACAUGGAGGCUACAGACCUUGUCAACAAGCAAAUAGAACAGGUGGCAGGCGUGUGCGAAGCGCAGCAUGAUGCGCCGCUGGUUCGACAACAUGUGCAGCAGACGUUCCACACCUGGGCGGAUCAUGUCGUGAAGGAGGUAACUCUGCCAUCUCUAGGCAAACUCGCAAAAGCGGUGUCGCGCCGGAAGCUCCUUGCCACGUUCAUUGCCUGCAGGCUCUGUGACCCGCCCAUCGAGCUUGAUGAGCAGCAUCAAGAAGUGGCGGACAUCACAGCGGAUCAGUACCUUGUUCCACCGCAGUCCAGCACGCGUGAAGGCGUUGCCAAGUUUGUGCUUCCGGGGCUCGCGUCGCGCAAGGAAGGCGAAGCAGAGCCAGUGGAGUGGAUCAAGCCCAAGUACGUUUGGGUUGAGACCAGUGGUUCACAUGCCCUUGUUCCUAUCCAGAACACAGACCGCAAUGCUGUGUAGGCGUGCGUGCGCAUUUGUAUGUAUGUUGUGUGCGUUUGUAUGCGUGUGUACGUGUACGGGUGUGUCUGAUUGUAUUGUAUGUCUUUGCUGGUGCUGUUGACCAUCGUUGACCACGUGAUGUUGUGCUUCUUGCUGCUGAUGGAUGAUUAAACACGUUCUUCGCC